ACACGUCUUGUGAAUCGGUGAAAAUCAUGUUCGCCAGCAGAUGCCGUUCGUACCUUUAAAAUGCAGAAGCUGCUGAUGUAGGAACCAGCAACCCAGCAGCCUGUUGGAGGUGGUAGUGGACCUCUUUGGCCAUCCUGCUCAGCUCAGAAAAAAAUCUACUAGACGAGCAGCAGAAAGGGCCGGGGAUGCAAACAGGACAAAACCAAAAUACAACACUAAAGCAGAAUUUGAGGAAUGCUGAUGCCUUAAAAUAUGGACAAGGGGGUGAUCUACGAAGUUACGAACAACAUCGAGCUAGCUUGUUAGUUUGCCAGCUACGAUUUACUUUUAAAUCAUUUCUCCCGUCUCGAUACAUCUGCAACGAUGCGGCUUGAUUUGACUCGCAGGACCGCUGCGAUUGUUCUCUGCCUUUUGGGAUGCAAUAUCUGUAGAGCGGCAACUAAAACCCUACAAGAAGAUAAUGGCAUUAAAGAGGUGACUCUGAAGGUCCACCUGAGUGAUGCCAGCACCCACCAGCCCCUGGGCGGUGCCACCGUUGAGCUCUUUACCAACCACACGCCUGUAACCAUGGAGACAUCCGCUGCUGACGGCAAUGCCUACCUCCGCUUCCCCUACCGUCUCGGAACGCCACUGGUCGUCACAGCAACCAAACAGGGCUACGUGCCAAACUCUGCCCCCUGGAGACCCAUCAGACUGCCUGUGUUCUCCACUCUCAGUCUGGACCUGCUGCCAGAGAGAACUGCCACUCUGAUGGUGUACGAUGAUGUGGUUCAGAUCGUCUCUGGGUUCCAAGUUUCGAGGGCUCAACCCUGGGUCCAGUUCCAGCGUCGGGCCCUGAGCCUGCCUCCCAACACGUCCUACACCAACCUCAGCGCCCUGCUCACCGUGGCGAGCGCCCCUGCUCACAUGCAGCACUUCCCCUACCUGCAGGGCCUGGGGGGCAACGGCUCAGGAUCCGAGCGCAGAUUUGAGCUGACUCCGGUGGCAGCCAUCUCUGUCCACUUAUUGGCCAGCGAUGGUGUGGAGCUGCUGGUAAACGAGCCAAUCAGCAUCUCUGUCCCUCUGCCAGCCAAUAGCGGUCUGAAGGAAAACGAUCACAUACCUGCCUGGAGGUUCGACCCCCGCUUGGGGGCCUGGUUGAAGAGCAGCCUGGGCUAUGUGCAGAGAGAGGGGGAUCAUCUGAUCCUGACCUACAUCGCUCCCCAGCUGGGCUACUGGGUGGCAGCCAUGUCCCCUCUACACACAGGUGAGCCCAGCAUGUCCCCUGUACACACAGGUGAGCCCAGCAUGUCCCCUGUACACACAGGUGAGCCCAGCAUGUCCCCUGUACACACAGGUGAGCCCAGCAUGUCCCCUGUACACACAGGUCCCAUGGUGGCUAAGGACAUCAGUACGUACCACACGGUGUUCCUGCUGGCGAUCCUGGGAGGCAUGGUCCUCAUUCUGCUCUGCCUGCUUUGCCUGCUGCUCUAUUACUGCAGGCGGCGCUGCUUAAAGCCUCGCCUGUCCCGACGCAAGCUCACCCUGUCUGCUGCUCUGGACGGCAGCAAGAGAGACCAGGCCACCUCCAUGUCUCACCUCAACCUCAUCAGCAGCGAGGUGCAGCUGGAGAUGGUUUCCACAGCAACAGAACCUGACAUGACCACACCCAUGCUCAAACCCUCCUCUUAUGAUCAGCAUCACCAGGAGCUGGUCUCUCAUGGCAACCACAGCCGCUCAUCACUUGUUAACCACAGCAGACACGGCUCGUCUCUAGGCAACCUGACCCCCCGUAGCCGUGACUACCGGCAGUCUGUGGAGACGUUCCCGCUGAAGUCUGCCCUUUCGACCGGAACGGACCGAGGCUACCGCCAAUCAUACACCUCCGUCUGCUCCUCUACCAAUCAGGUUCUGGAUAGACUGUCCUUAACCAAUCACGUGAGCCAGAUCAGCAGUGGGGGAGAGGCCACCUCCCCCUCCUCCCCCCCUCUCUCCCCCAGCCGAGCCGAGGCCAUGGAGAGCCGGCCCCCUGACUACCACCUGUCCCGCUCUGUGGACCACCUGGAGCGCGCCCUGCCCCUCUCCCUCCCCCGGCCGGGACAGCUGCUGUGCUGUGGCUCCGUGGACCUGCUCAGCGGGGGGGAGGGCUACCCCAGAAGAGUGCGGCCCACGCUGGUGAUCCCAGCUCACUACAUGCGUCUGCCGGGAGAGCAUCCCCUGUGUGGGCAGGCCCUGCUCCUGCAGAUGGAGCAGCAGAGCGACCUGGAGACCAUCCAGGCAGAGCUCAACGCCACGCACCCCCAGCAGUCCUCGGGCCACUCCCCUGACGACUGCUCACCUGGCUCGGCCAAUCAGGGGGAAGGGGACGGACGUAACCUAUCGGAAUCUCUGUCUAUCCCCACGACGCUCGGAGAAUCUGGUCUGGUUGAAAUCAACGACGAGGACACUUUAUUGGCUGAGAAGACCCUGAUGGAACUCCGGGGAGGGAAGCCCCUCCCACACCCACGGGCCUGGUUCGUCUCAUUGGACGGACGUUCCAACGCCCACAUCCGCCACUCCUACAUUGACCUGCAGCGUGCCGGGUGCCAUGGCAACAGUACGGGAGGGGGCGGCAGGCGCAGUGGUAAGCAUGGCAACAGCAACGACACCAGCCUGGACUCUGGGGUGGACCUGAAUGAGCCCAGGGUGGGACGCAGGUGGAAGGAGGACAGGAAGAAGGACAGGGCGAAGAGCACUCCUCCAGCUGUCUACACCCAGCUGGUGUACGUGGACGACCUGGAGGGCCCAGCGAGCGAGCGGGAGGCAACCCCUAACAACAGCCCUGGAGACGGCCAACUGCCAGACACACAGCGCCAUCAGGAGAAGAUGGAGGAAAGAGAGGAGAAGGGGGGAGAGGUAGAGGAGGGAGGAAUCAUCCAAAUACAGGAAGAAGCCCCUUCGCCUUCCUCAUCCUCCCCCUGCUCCCCCCCUGCCCUGCCACCGCCAGAGGGGGUGGCCUUCAGGACUGAGCAUGCCCAGACUGCUCUGCUGUCUGUCUCACCUGAUGACGACCCAACCAACGACGAUGGCGAGGAGGAGAAGAAGAGCCCCUGGCAGAAGAGAGAGGAACGCCCCCUGCUGGCCUUCAACCUCAAAUGACCCAUACCUGACCUCUGACCCCUUAUGACCACUUCACACGCAGAGAAAUAUGAAGUUUGUUUCCCUACUCCCCCAUAUGUACACAGCACUAAGGAGAGGACAGGAGAGGAGCAGGUGGAUCUGUGUACUGAUAUAACCUGUGCUGCACUCUCGUUGUUGCCCAGACCCACAUGGUGUGAUGUCCCUGCCUGAGAGACAGACUUUCAAAGCAAGAACCUAAAAUAGAAGUCAUCGUUUAAUUGCACAACUGCUAUGCCUUUUAUAAAAUUAGCAUUUUAGGCAAAAAAAGGGUGAUUUUCUGAAGGAGAUACGGCCCUCGUCUGCCUGUUGAUGAAUCUUCUAGAACAAAGAGUGGUGGCAUAAGGUGGUAUAAGCAAUAUUGCAGAUGUUUUACCGGGUUUGUCUAUCCUUUGACCUAUGCAUUGUGUUUAGGUCACUGGGAGUGGGAAUGAGCAGUCAUACACAGUGUAAUGGAGUCUGUCAGAGAGUAAGGUGGCAGCCCUACCUGUGGAGGGUGCUGUGUAUGUAGGAGGUGCCAGAACACUGGGACCAGAGCCAACCACAUCAGCACUGAGGCAGAGAUAUCACCCCAGACUCUCCUCGUGAUGAAGGUCGUGGUGAAGGUCGUGGCACCCAGACGAAGGCAUCGCAUCGUGGAUGAGGUCACAUGAGAAGUUUUUGAUACUAUUGAACCACCGACUCUGGCAGACUUUGCUGAACUGCUAUGCAUCACUUUUAUACUGUUGCUUGAGAUGCCUUUUUUUGUAUUUUUCUUUUAAUACUUUAUGAUUUUUAGUUGCAAACAUUAAGUAUUUUACUCAUAGGUUGUUUUUAUUUGAAUUUGUUUCAGUACUUUUCCUUCAGACCUGCCUGACAGGACUACACAAACACACAUGCUUGUUUCUUGUAUCUUGAAACCAAACUGCUUUUCUCUCUUUGUGAUUACAACUAUAACACUAAUUGUUCCACAUGUCUAAGUGCCUUUGAAGUCGUCUAGUGAAGAUCUGUUGUUCACCCUAUUUAUUUCUCCACUCAAGUUUUCUCCUCUACCUCACCCCUCUCUUGGCAGAUAGCAUGCAGUACUCUCCUCAACCCUAGGGGUGAAUGUCAUGUGGCAAUAGCUAGAUUAUAUGUGAAGACAACAAUCCACAGAACAUGUGUGUCCACAUUUGAAUCUGUUUGUGCACAUGUGUGUGCGAGUGGUUGCUAUUGACAUAUGACCUCUUCAAAUAUUACAAUUUGUAUAAUUUGUAUAUUUCUCUCCCAUUUCUUGGUAUAGUCUAAAUGUUGUGUGAGCUUGUUGUGAAUGCCACUCUCCCCCCUGACUUGUUCCAUUGUAACCACUUGGGAUGAGAUGUACUGUAUUUUACUGUGCACUCCACACCAAAUGUCUUAUUUGGUUGCUUGUAUUAUAAUUGAAGCCUAAUAUUCUGAAUAAAGAACCAAAUUA